AUGUCAUCAUCUAAUUGGCUCAAAGAUCCAAUCAGAAAGAUCAAUAUUUUGAUUGUAGAUGGAUCACAAGUUGUUGGACAAUUGGUGGAUCGAUUUCAAACAGUUUUUCAAAUGCAACCUGGCCGACCAUUUAUUAUCAGUUUCAAUUGCAAUAUUUACAUCAUUAAAGUAAAUAUGAAUAUAGCCCUUAGAAACACAGAACUAGAUAAACAAAGCUUAUAUAUCCUAAACACUUUUGAAGAAUAUAAGAGGAAAUGUAAAAAAAAGAAAAUGACCUUAACACAUAUUAAAUACUUUCAGAAAAUAUUAGAAAACUUAGAAAUAAUUAGGAUAAUCACUCAAGCUCAAUAG